UAAACACACGGUUCGGUAUAGUCUUUUCUGGAAACACAACAUGUAUUCGCGAUAACUGAUUGUUAUAUGAAUUAAAACAACACGAUUUUAAACGUAUAACAAGAUAUUUACAAUUACAAAGGAAAAUUAUAUCUGAUGCUUAGCCUAUUACUAAACAACAGCAGUGACAAGUUUGAAAUUUACAUGGCCCAAAAAUUACUGGUUGCACAAGCUAAGCAUGCAGAUAUUGAGUACCAGGACUCAUUGCAGUUAAUUAAAAGUGUUAUAGUGAAAGCAAAUUCACCAGUGGGGCUGUGUAGAGGCUUAGAAAUGUUGAGACAGCUCUUAAAGAAGUCCAAAAUUAACUGGCGAGAUGCUGUGACUGUAUUUAAAGAUGCAGUGUCGCAAAAACUUCAUGACAUAGCAAUUAUGGAUGCUUCUUCCUUGUACUUCACAAACAGCUGUAUUUAUGAAGUUCUAUAUCUUUGUCAUAAAGUUCUUAAACUUGUCCCGCUAUACGACUGCCAGGAAAAUGAUGCUGCCAUAUCAUUGAACGUGAUUUUACAUGAAAAAUAUCAAGUUCUUCUUGAUGAAAUUUUAUUUUCAUCGCGAUUCUUAAAUUUUGUAAAGAGAAUGCUUCAGAAAUUUCUUACAAAUAUAUUUAUGUUUGCAAGUAAGAAUAAGCUUAUCAACAGUGUAGCAUAUGAAAUGGCUGAGAGGCUAGUGUUUGCAUCAAAGAGGUUUGACAUGCAUGAGGUCUUAAGUCAGCAUGGAGUCACAUACUUUGUUGGAGUCAUUGAUGGACGUGAAAAUGCAGAUUACAAAGGUUAUGACCCAACUUGCAUCAGAGAAUGGAUGUUUAUGUGUACAUCCUUGGCGUACAGUAUGAAUCUAAUUGAUGGGUCACCUGACAGCAAUGAAGGUGUCAAAUUAAUUCUGGAUUUUGAAGCAAUUGUAUCCACGAUUGCAUGGAGUUCAGAUAAUUCUCUGCCAUAUUCAUGGCAAUGGUUACCAGAAAUAUUUGGGGAGCAAGAUGAUAUGUGGAUGGAUAUGCUGAUUCUGUUGAUAAAAUUGUUUCCAAGCCCAAAGGUCAAAGGUCAACACCACUUUCAGUUUCUACAGUUUGUGACCAGUGUGGGCUAUGACCAUGUGACUGUCCUUGACCUUCUGACCUCACCAGAGACACGCUGCAGGGAGUAUAUGAUGUUAUACCUGAGACACUUGAUACACACAUGGCAGGAUUUUAUAGAAUGUGCUUAUUUAUUGGAAAAAAUUUCAGGAAAUUCAAAUGUACUUUUGUUAUGUAAAGACUUUACCGAAACGGAGUGUGAACCAGAAAAAGAGAUAAGUGGUAAACAGAAUGAGAUGUGUUCAAAUGAUCAGGCUGAGAAUAUUGUUACAAAUCUAUUUGGUAGACCUGUGGAGACAGAUUCUAAUGAGGACUUGCGCUGUGAUAUGAAAUGCUCUUCAGGUGGGCUGGCCAUGCUCAGUGCGUAUAAUGAUGAUGAUGAAAGUGAUAGCGAUAAAGACCAGGAUACGGAGGAAUAUGAUAUUAAUAAUUUACCAGUUCAGAGAUCAAAUGGAUCUAUUCUUUAUGAAGAUAAGCUCAAUAUUACUGAUUUAAAGAAAGUAUCAAAUAUUGGAGAAAGUGUGACUAAUAUUGAGACAAGUCUCAGUUGUCCACAAAAUUGUAAGAAUUCAGUAACCUUAGCCACGAAUGUAAACAAAUGUCAUAAAGUGUCAGCUAUUGCACAUCAUGUCCCAUGUGUAGAUGAAUUUAAUGAUGAAAGAGCAGGAGCACAUGAUAAUUUCAGUUCCCAGCAAGACGAAAUCAGCCUCAGCGAGGUGACUUACCCCUCAGAUACUGUAUUAGAUCUAACACUUAGUAUGCUCAUUCGUAUUAAUCUAAAACUUGAGCGUCUUUAUUCUGCAAAACUGUUGCCAUACAACCCAGCAACUUUAGUCAAUCUGCUGGAAACUGUGGAGUCUCUAUAUGAGAAACAUUGUAUUUAGUAUAUGUUAUAUUUGAAUUGUUUGUAUUAAAGCGGGUAUAUACGAUUUUGUCAAAUAUUUAUGAAUUCAUAUAAAAUGUGUAAAAAAAAACUUAUUAUAUAUAUAUUUCAAUAUUAAAAUAAAAGUUAAGAAGAACAUGUGUCGAAAAAUGCGAAAUAAGCCAGAUAUUUAAUUCUGAAAUUGAAAACGGCUGUACAGCCGAAUUCGCCAGCAUGUAAAUCAUACAUGUACGAUGUGAAUCUUAACUUAGUUUAACGGUUUAUAUAAAUUCCUGCAACAAUAUCUAUUCAUACGACACACAAACACUAACUCCAAUCCUAAUACAAAGACGAAUGCUUCGGUUAUUGUAGGAAAAUAUGUACGUCACAAUGCUUGGGCCGCUAAUUUGUCUUUGCUGCAUUUUAUGAAAUUCGGCUUUAAUAUAUCAUUUUUCUUGCCUAUUUUGUGUAAUUGUAACAUAUUUUAUCAAUAUAUUACAAUUAACACACAUAUAAAAAAUCGUAUAUACCCACUUUAAAUUGUGUGAUUUUUGGAAUUGUUCGAUAUAUGGGAUUGUGUGGUGUUGGUAUUGUGUGAUACUGGGAUUGUGUGAUACUGGAUUAUGUGGACAGGCAAUCAGUGUACAAAGCAUUUUGUUAAGAAAUAUAAAUGGAUUUAUAA